AUGGUUGUGUGGCUGGAACUGCUGACGUCUCCGCCUGUUCUUCAGUGGCUGGGAGUCGGUUUAGGUGUACAGACCGCUCUGCUCCUCAACACCUGCAAAGGCCUACGCGACCAAGUUAAUUGUAGAUUGCCACAGUGGGAGGCGGCCUGGAACAGGCAGGUGGCCUCCCGAAAGUUCCGGAGGAUUGAAUUCAUCGCUCGAGUUGCAGCCACGCAAGCCUGGUCACAGCGGGUGGACGAGAUCCAACAGAUCAAGGACUUGGCCAACGACGUUCUGAGGAAGCUGCAGCGAGACACCUGCGGUACUCCCGGCUUGGUCCCGACCGCCAGCACCCAGUCGUAUUUUUCCACGAUCGUGGAGGCAGCUCAGGUGGCCGCGUGCAACCCCGACGAGCAGGUACCAGAAGCCUGGCGGAUCCUCCGCACAGCUGUGGCUUUGCAGAAGUGCAGCAGGUCUGCUCGUGAUGAUCGGAUGCUGGAUGUUAUGGAGGACUUUGCCGGGUUUUCCUACAAAACGGCCUUCUUCUUCCCAGGCCAAGGGGCUCAAACCGUUGGGAUGUGCAAGGAGUUGACGGAUGAGGUGCCAAAAGCAAAGGAGAUGUUUGAGACCGCCAGCGACAUCAUAGGCUAUGACCUGCUUGACCGUUGCGUGAACGGCCCGAAGGAGGAACUCGACAAGACCGCCGUUUCUCAACCUGCGAUCUUCGUGGCAUCCAUGGCGGCGGUGGAAAAGCUUCGGUUGGAGGACCCGGCUGCUAUCGACGAAGCCACGGUUGCCAUGGGGCUUUCCCUGGGGGAGUACAGCCUGGCUCCAAGCCAUGGAAGCAACUUCACGCUGCAUGCUGAGGUGAACUUCGAAGAACUAGAGAAGUUCUGUGAGCACCAAGCAAAUGUCCCCGUACCGCAGCCUGUGCCAGUGCCACAGCCGACGGAGACAGAAGGAGAAGAAGAGGAGGACCUGCGGCUUUCACCCACAAGCGAGAUGACAAAGCCAGAUUUGUGGUAUAUCUUCUUGCAAGCAGAUGCCAACGAUGAUCAGAAGCUCUCCAAACCGGAGCUUUUCAACUUUGCGGCCCACUACAAGGAAGAAAUUGAGCGGGCCACCUACUCGAAGGUAGAUCCCAACGCCGACCUUGACAAGGAUGGCGCUCUAAGCAAGGAAGAGCUGGAGAAGUACAUGGCCACGUGGGAAAUAGAAGAAUUUCCUCAAGAGCUGGAGAGAGUCAGAAAUUUGGAACGGGAGAAGUUCAAGCUUGCCGAUGCCGAUGGCGACGGCAAGCUGCAGGGUGAGGAGUUGGUGGCCAUGUAUGGCCACGGCAUUGACGAGAAAGUCUUAGAAGCAGAGGCGAAGUCUGCCCUCUCCGUCAAAGAUAUGGACAAGGAUGGGAAGCUUUCGCUGAAGGAAUUCUGGCAUGACUAUCUGCGGCCGGAUGACGACCAUGACCACGAUGAAGACCCUCGUGAUCGCAACGUCACCUUUGCCGCCCUGGAUAGUAACGAGGAUGGCUCUGUCGACCUACAAGAGCUCAUGAUCUGGGAGAGUGGGCUCUUCUUCCUUGAGGAGGCCAUUGAUGGCAUCCUGCACUUCGCCGACCGCGAUGAAGAUGGAGAAGCCGGGUUUCAGGAGCUCGUGGAUGCAUGGCCGGAGAUUGAAGAAGUAGGCGUUCAGCUGCCGCUGCGCGGAAUCUUUGCCCGCGCACUUGGCGAACACGAGGGCGCUCACGACUCGGAACUCUGA